AAAUAAAAGCUUAUUUCCUGUUUCUAGACAAAAAUAUUGGGAAAAUGGCUAUUAAUUGUGUUCAUUUAGAAGCUGAUGCUUAUAUGGUUUGUCUUACACAUGCAUUAUCCACAGAACGAGAAGAAGUAAUGGGUCUCUUAAUAGGAGAGAUUGAUGAGAACAGAGUGUCGCAUAUAUCUGCAGUUAUCAUAUUGAGGCGAUCAGAUAAACAGCCCGAUAGAGUAGAAAUUUCCCCAGAACAAUUGUCUGAUGCAUCAACAAAGGCCGAGGACUUGGCCAAAGAGCUCCAGCGUCCCUUAAGAGUUUUAGGCUGGUAUCACUCUCAUCCACAUAUAACUGUCUGGCCGUCUCAUGUAGAUGUGAGGACACAAGCGAUGUACCAAAUGAUGGAUGAAGGAUUCAUAGGUCUGAUAUUCUCUGUGUUUAACCAAGAAAAAAAUACUAAGCAAAAUCGUAUCCAGGUUACCUGUUUCCAGUCCCAAGUGUUGGAAAGUUUUCCUCCUCAGUAUUCGCCCAUAGAGGUACCUCUUCAUAUUGUUCCCAGUGCAGGUCUGGGUAGGGCCUGUCUGGACUCCCUUGUAGAGCUUCCCAAGAUCCUGUCACAAGAGGAGGCAGAAGCAUAUAGCAAGGUCACCUCAAAUGACCUUGACCUCAUCACAACCAUACACAAUUCAGCAGUCUACACAAAAUCUCUGUGCCACAUCAUGGAAGUGAUGAACGCACCUUUGAUACAGUCCCUAGAAAACCGCCUCGAACAAAACAAGGCACGAAUCUCGCAAUUACAAAGGGAAAAUACUGCACUGAAACAACAGCUAAAUACUUCCUGACAACACAUCAACAUUGCAGAUAUAUAGUAUUUAUUAGAGCAAGCAUUAAGAGUCAUAAUCUUCCUGUUGGAAUUUGAAAAAUGGUGCCAGAUGUCCCAGGUUACAACAAAUGGCACUUUGUGUGAAUGGCAUUUUUUGCUGGAUAUUUGAAAAUGACACAUUUUCAGCUUAAUGCCUCUUUUGAGAAUAAGUUGUUGUAAGCUUGUGUCAGCUGAUAAACUUUACCAAGACUUUAUGUUAGUGUACCACAGGGUUGGAAUGUGUUGUAGACACAAGUGCAGGGCUACGUUAUGUAUAGAGGUCGAUUUUAAUCUAUAUUCAUUCUACGCUAUGUAUAGAGGUCGAUUUUAAUCUAUAUUCAUUCUACGCUAUGUAUAGAGGUCGAUUUUAAUCUAUAUUCAUUCUACGCUAUGUAUAGAGGUCGAUUUUAAUCUAUAUUCAUUCUACGCUAUGUAUAGAGGUCGAUUUUAAUCUAUAUUCAUUCUAAAAUUAGAUUGGUAAGUUUCCGGAUUGAGUGGUGCUAACUUUAAUGUACACUGACACUGAUGUUAAUAUGACAUUUGGAUGAAGUCAUGGAAUGAUUGUCUCUGGUAAAACUACUAGAGAGAAAACCAUUUAUUAUCCAUGAAAAGAACUUACCAUGUACAAUGUUGGAUGUUAAUGAAAAUUUAAGUUACAUGUAAAUAAAAUAUUUAAAAAUC